CCCCCUUUCCAACUUCAGUAUUAAAAAACUUGAUCAGAGUUCAGUAAAUUUGUUCAAAUCUUAACACGCCAUCAACCUUGCAAAAAAUAUUUAAGAGCUCAUUGAAAUUACAAAAAAAAAUAUAUAUAUUUCUGUGCUCGAGCAGUCAUGUUUCCGCUACUAUUUCUAGCUUACGUGAUUGCAGUUAAGGUCUUCAAGAAAACAACUCCGAACGGUAAGAUCACGGUGUACCUCGGUAAGAGAGACUUCAUUGACCACCUGGACCAUGUCGACCCCAUUGAUGGUAUCGUGGUUGUGGACAACGACUACCUGAGCGGGAGGAGGUUGUACGGCCAAGUAACAACCACGUACCGGUAUGGCCGAGAGGAAGACGAGGUGAUGGGUGUGAAGUUCAGCAAAGAAUUGGUGUUGACACGCCAACAACUUGUACCGCCUGCAGCGAAGACAGAUCUGACACCUAUACAGCUGCAGUACGCACCCUCGAGUCGCGGUAUCCGUCUGCCCAGCUCUCUGGUCAGCAAGGGCUUCACGUUCUCGCAAGGCAAACUGAACCUCGAGGUCACCCUCGACAAAGAGACGUAUUACCACGGCGAGAGGAUUGCUGCCAACGUCAUCGUGUCCAACAAUUCCCGAAAGGCAGUGAGGAACAUGAAGGUGCAAGUGGUUCAGCACUGCGAAGUCACGAUGGUGAACGCGCAGUAUUCGCGACAAGUUGCCAGUCUGGAGACCAAGGAAGGCUGCCCCAUCAUCCCAGGCUCUUCGUUUAAAAAAGUGUUCUACUUAGUGCCCUUAGCCUCCAGCAACCGGGACAAGCAUGGCAUUGCUUUGGACGGCUAUCUCAAGGAUGACGACGUGAACCUGGCCUCCUCCACGCUUAUGCCAGAGGGCCAGUCCCCUACAGAUGCUGUCGGUAUUUUCAUCUCUUACUCCUUGCGCGUGAAGCUUAACUGUGGCACCUUGGGAGGAGAACUUGUGACGGAUGUGCCCUUCAAGUUGCUACACCCCGCACCAGGCACAGUCGAACAUGAAAAGGAGCAAGCAAUCAAAAAGAGCAGGUCGAUCGAGAGAUCGCACUACGAGAGCUCCCGCUAUGUUCCCGACGAGGAAGACAACAUUGUGUUCGAAGACUUCGCACGUUUACGCCUCAGUGAAGCUGAGUAACGGCCUGUCAGGGCAUUCAGCUUUUGAUUUCAUGAUGUCUUGAUUUAUAAGGAGAGUUUUCGCAUGUGACAUUAAUUGGUAUAUGCUGUAUUUCAUUUCCGUGGUUACUUACUGCUACGACAAUAAAACACAUAUAUUCCGGUCGGAUGAAAGUUCCCGAAUACCAUAAAUUUUUAGCACCAUUUUAAUUGUUUUAUGUUUCAUACAUAAUACAACAAUACCGUAUUUAUUAUUAUAUGGGUUCUCAAACUAUAUGGCACCGCAGCCCCUUAAAUGACACAAAUUUUACCGACCUCCCCCAGCUCUGCCAGUCAGCGAAAAGUGAAGUUCUGCAUAUUGUUAAGGAUUCCUAUCAGGCUGUACUGUGAUAGCAGGAACCUAAAUAGCUUUACAGCCUCUCUACACCUACAGUAAGCUGUAAAAUGUCCCUGUACCGUCACGAAGAGCGCAGUUCUGCGCACUGCUGCAGGUCUCUAUCUGGCUGUACGGUGACAGCAGGAACCUAAGUAGCUUUACAGCCUCUCUACACCUACAGUAAGCUAUAAAAUGUUACUGCACAGUCACGAAGAGUGCAGUUCUGCGCACUGCUGCAGGUCUCUAUCUGGCUGUACGGUGACAGCAGGAACUUAAAUAGCUUUACAGUCUCUCUACACCUACAGUAAACUAUAAAAUGUUCAUGUACAUGCUCGAAAAAUGCAGUUCUGAACAUUGUUGCAGGUCCAUAUCAGGCUGUACGGUGACAGCAGAAACCUAAGUAGCUUUACAGCCUCUGUGCACCUACAGCAAGCUGUAAAAUGUUCCUGUACAGUCACGAAAUAUUCGCGAAAUGCUUCGCGUGAAGCACCUACCUUCAUAUUACUGACUUAUUCACAUUCCAAACCUCUGUGCGGAUACAACCAUAUUUCCAAAUUUCUGAGAAAUUAAUGACCCUCCCCCCUUUAGAGUACGUAACUACCUGCAGCCUGAGAAAACUUAAGUUAUUAUAUUAAUUAUUCUAGAAAAUAUAAACGCUUUCCUUAAUUUAUAUAUCCGUCUUCAGCGUCAUGUAAUGAAUUUGCAAGUGUGCAACAAACCUCUGGUACAUCUCCGUAAAAGGAAGGGGUUAUGCCGGAGGGGGAGAGGGGCUCAGUAUCAAAGCUCAUUAAAUAUUAGUUGUUUCUUUCGUUCAUUCCAAUAUUUGGUAUACUGAAGACAUAUGAAAUUCUGGAAUGUUUCUUACAACACAUAUAACAGUGAUGUAGUAACGCGUUGUUGGUAUUGUUUUAAAGACAUUAGAUAUAUGCCACAUGGUGCAACAGUGUUUACAGCUAACGUUCAUCCCGGUGCUAAAAUGCAAUAAUUCUGUUCCUCCUUGGCCAUGAGAAUAUACUAAAAAUAUUAGCCAAGGUUAAUGCACUUGAUCCUUUUUUAGAUAAACGUGAUAUAUUAAAAAAUAAAGCAAAAAUUGGUAAACACAACAAAAAUAACAUAGAAGUAAAUCGGCAUUGAAACAAAUUACAACAAUUCUGCAAGUCACAUAUGCAGACAAAUUUAAAACAAAAAGGUGUUUGUAGAAUUUGAGGAAUGGUACCUCUCUCUACGAGUAUAUACGAGUAUGUACUUUAACUGCGACUAAAAUUAUAUACCUAUCGAUUGAUAAAUGCUAACUGGAAUGGAUCUAGAAGGAAGCGGUAGUAACAUAAUCAAGGUACUCGCCUGGAAUAUACCUGAAAGAACUGAGGAAAUCAUGAAAACAUCAAUCGGAAUAGCUGGUGCCACGGUCUGGAUUCGAACCGAGCACUUCCCGAAUACAGGUCUAAGUCAUUACCGCUACACCAGCUUUCUCGGCGAAGAACAAAACGAGCUCUGUUCACUUUGCUAAAUUCUAUUUAUUUUGUAUAAAAAGAAAAGGCCAUAGAAAUAUAUACCGACAUGAAAUUAAUUUACAUUUAAAAGCGAAAAAGAUACGGACAUAAAAAUAUUCGAUUCAAAAUUAUUUUGAUUAAUUUUUUUUUUCAAAACACAGUAGACCUACUUAACAUCUCCUCCCAUUUAUUGACUGUGCUUCUGCCACCUAAGAAUACAACGGAAAAGUUUUUUAUUGGGAUACAAAAAGUACACAAAAGAAAUGACCUCUCCCAUUCAGCCUUCACAUCAACGCAAAAUUAUUUUUUUAUUUUGAAAAAAAUAUAUAAAAAGGCCUAAGUAAUGCCCUUCCGGCCCUCUGUAGCACAGUCUUAUAAACAUCUCAUUUUAUGAUAGCGGUCGCCCUGCGAUUUUUCAAUAUAUCUCUGAUCUUCAAGAGGAUACCAUUAAUAGAUUGCACAUUUACUUCUUUUUUAAAUACAUUUAGGAAUUUUGUUUACGAAGUGGCAACCUAUAUGUCAGUGACACCUAUCGUUAUUAUGUGAAAACUACAGCAUAAUUAAAAAAUAGUAAACAUUAUGCUAGAAGCCGGAAGGUCACGUGUUCCAUUCCCGAUUAGUUCACUGGAUUUUUCAAUUUACCCAAUUCUUCCAACCAAAUUGUGGCCCCGUGUCCGACUCAGCCUUUAAUAGAAAUGAGUACCAGGGGUAAAUUGCCGCCGCUGAGGAAGGCUGACAGAUUCACCGCCAUCUGUGAGCCGAUUGUCUAGGAAUGUGAGAGACAAACCCAUGGGCCUCCACGGACUGUCCAAAGGAUAGUUUUACUUUUUAUUUUGCUUCGAAAGUUUGGGAAAUUUUGAGCAGAUGGUACAAAAAGUGUCCGGUGGGGGCCUGUUUUUCUUACGGAGUAAAUCGGCUGUGCUUGGGGGUACACCACUCCUGCAAUUCAUGCAAAAUGCGAACCAUUAAUGAAACUGUAACACUAAGAUCCUGCGAGAAGUGUACACACAAUGGAACCGGCCAUCACCGGUAAUCAGUUGGUUCUGCCAAUGUCUAUUUGUCUUCAGCUGUAAUUAGUUGUUUCAACAAGCUAAUAAUUGAUUCGUCGUAUACACUCCUGAGUUUCUUCAGUUACUCGUUUUAUUGUGUUUAAUGCAGCUCAUUACAUACUCUUUACUUUACUGUAAUUGUUUAUGUAAAAACAAUAAAACGUU